AUGCUGCUGAACUGUGGAGUGUCUGUUUGGUUGGUGCAGGUUGGUGCAGGAGCAUCGAAAAAGAAUCGGCCGACAUAUGCUAAUGCAAAUGCACUCAAGCUGAGCUGUGAACUUCUCCGAAUCUUUAUCACAGAGGCCGUGCAGCGUGCUGCUACGAUUGCUGAAGCAGAGGGUGUUAGUAAAAUUGAAGCAACUCACUUGGAGAGGAUUCUCCCUCAGUUACUUUUGGAUUUUUAAGGUAUUAUGGGAAAUGCAUUUUUUGGGUCUUAGUCUCUUCGGCUGCUCUCUUACCUGCUCAGAUAUUGGAGAUUAUAACUUUGUUUUGUUUUGUUUUUUUGAUUUCUUGUAAAAGGCAAUGCAACUUGGGAGUAGUAGUACAAUGUAAUGUUUGUGUUAAAUAGAGCACCGAAUGCACUGUCUGUUGCAUGAGUUGGACAACUUUGCAGAUCAACCCGAUAUAAUUCUAGUCCACAAUGAUUAAUUUUUGUACUGCUUCCGUUGGUCUUAUGUCUGCACUCCACGCAUUUGAAUCUUUGAUCUUCCAUCUAAAAGGUAGGAUUGUUCCCCACUGUCCAUGAAUUGCAUUGUAGCAAAUUAAUAUGACUAGUGCACCAUAAUAAAUGCAGUUUUGAUACCAACAAAAUGCUGUUAGAAUUCUACUGGUACCACUCAAAUUGAGCUUGGUUUAAAACCAUGUAUCUCUAUACAGUAUGGUAGCAAGCUUCUCUUUGGGUGGUUUCUUUGAGAUAAUCAUGCUUCCAUAGUUCCAUGUGGAUAGCUUUCGUUGAUUGAUUGAGCUCUUUUACUACUGUUUGUUGAAAGCACAAAUAGAAACUGAAACUUCAUUACCUAAAAAAGUCUCAAUGUAGAACUCAGUCCACAUGAAAGAAGAGAGGAAAUAUCAGCAUGAACUGAAAUCGAAAGUUGAGACCACAUGGUUGCUGUGGAUAUUAUAAAUGAUCUACUAAUUUCCAAAGACUUACAGUUGAUGCUUACUUGCAUAGAAAAUACGACUAACAGCUUUCAAAUCUUCCUGGAGGUUUACCUUGCUUAGCAGUAAUAGAAAAAAGCUUUAUUUAAAAUUCAUGAUAUUUGUAUAGCCGAUAGAACUUAUGAAUUUAGUCUCAAGGCUGUAAAAUUUUGCACUGGAUUAUCUCUCCUCAUGAGCAAUGUCCUUGUGUGAUCGUUUUCUUAUCAUGAUCGAGAUUGAAUAUGCUGCUUUUAUUUUUUUGAAUAAUUGUU